AUGGCGGCGGCGCGGAGCCGCGGCUUGGCUUUGGCGGCCGCUCUCCGCAAGGCCCGCUUCCCGCUGCCUCCUUCGCCGUCGCCCGGGCUCUGGAAAGGCCUCGGUGUGGGGCCUGAACCGCCUGGCCUCCCCGCGAGGCGCCAACUCUCCUCACGGAAUCGUCCCGAAGGCAAAGUGCUGGAGACGGUGGGAGUCUUCGAAGCGCCAAAGCAGCAGGGCAAAUACGACACCGGACAGUUGUUUCUACACAGUGUCUUCGGAUACCGGGGGAUCGUCCUCUUCCCUUGGCAAGCGAGGCUUUAUGACCGAGACAUCGCUUCUCCGGUCCCUGAAAAAGGGGAGAACGGGGCCGGCCACGGAUCCAAAGAAGUCAAAGGCAAGACGCACACCUACUACCAGGUCCUCAUAGACGCCCGUGACUGCCCUCAUAUAUCCCAGAGAUCGCAGACGGAAGCCGUGACUUUCUUAGCCAACCACGACGACAGCCGGGCCCUCUAUGCCAUCCCAGGCCUUGACUACGUCAGCCACGAGGACAUCCUUCCCUAUUCGUCCACGGACCAGCUCCCCAUCCAGCAUGAACUCUUUGAACGGUUCCUCAUGUAUGACCAGGCAAAAGCUCCCCCCUUUGUGGCAAGGGAUACCUUAUGCGCCUGGCAGGAGAAGAACCAUCCAUGGCUAGAACUCUCCGACGUUCACCGAGAGACCACCGAAAACAUUCGGGUCACGGUCAUCCCCUUCUACAUGGGCAUGCGGGAAGCCCAGAACUCCCAUGUAUAUUGGUGGCGCUAUUGCAUCCGCCUGGAGAACCUGGACAACGAAGUGGUGCAGCUCCGGGAGCGGCACUGGCGCAUCUUCAGCCUGUCUGGCACUUUGGAGACUGUCCGUGGCCGAGGCGUUGUGGGCAGGGAGCCCGUCUUGUCCAAAGAGCAGCCGGCCUUCCAAUAUAGCAGCCAUGUCUCUUUACAGGCCUCCAGCGGACACAUGUGGGGCACCUUCCGCUUUGAGCGUCCGGACGGCUCCCACUUUGACGUCCGGAUCCCUCCCUUCUCCUUGGAGAGCAAUAAGGACGAAAAGACCCCUCCUUCGGGCCUGCAUUGGUAGAGCGUCUCCAUCGACCGCCCCCCCCCCCCCCCCCAAAUUUUGGACUGUUUUGCUCCCCUUUCGUUCCCUCAAAGGGCUGAAGGUAGCGCUGGUUUCCCCUUUUCAAAAAAAGAAAGAAGCAACACGUCUCGAACUCUCCUCUUUAAUGGUCAGAAACUGCCAAAUGGGUUUCCAUUCAAAGCACUGGGCUCCUAAUAGCAUUGGGUUGAAGGGAAAGCAGCAUAUAUUCCCAUUUAAUCCUAAAAUCAGCCAGAACAAGGCGGUUUGGAAGCCAAGAGAUCUAGUUUUGGGGGUGAUUUGGGGUUCAAGUGCUUGGGAUUUGCCCCACCUUUACUCUAUAGGCCCGUAUUGUUAGAAAUAAUAGUUUGGCCCCAUUUGGGUUGCCCAUAUCUCAAUGCUAUGGGGUCCUGGGAGUUGUAGUUUGGUGAACUUUAACUCUCACGACCCUCGUAGCACCCUGGGUUAAUUGUCCUGUGUGGCUGCAUUUGUCCCACAUUGUUGACCAAUACGGUAAAAUCUUAAAAGGGCCUCUUCUGCUCCUAUUUUCUCUUUCUUUGGGGCUCUGACUGUGAAAGGUAUUCUUAUAAGGGCGCAAAACGAGGAUUUUGGGGGUGAUUUUUGGAGUUUUGGGGGGCUUCUCCCAGCUUGUGCUUCCAGACGCCGGCCUUGCCGUGUAAAUACCUGUAAAGAGUGUUCAAAAACAAUAAUAAUAAUAAAAGGAAAAUAAAAUCAA